AUGAAGGGGCUGCUCUUCACAGUCUCGGUACUGUUCCUACUUCUGCCUUUUCAGCAGGUUGUGUCGAGCCCCGUGAAGGACAAAGAGGCCUCUGAACGUGAAGCUGAGAUGGAUACUUGGACUGGGGCUGGUUGUCUGGGGCAGCCCCUGCUUCGUCGGGUGGCUCAGAUGAGCCCAUUCUGGAGGUCACUGGGCUACAAACCUUCCCAGGCCCAUUGCUUGCAGGACCUGGAGUGCAUCAGCAAAUACUGCAGGAAUGGUUUCUGCUCAAAGCCUCAGUUGGAAUCCUGA